GUAACUAUUAUGGAACGCCCAAGCCUCCCAGCCAGCCCCUCAGUGGGAAAGUGACUUCCACAGAUGCUUUGCAAAACCUGCAGUCUGGCUCCAAGCAGUCGACUCCAAAGCGAACCAAGUCUUACAAUGAUAUGCAAAAUGCUGGCAUAGUGCAUCCAGAGAAUGAGGAAGAGGAUGAUGUACCUGAAAUGAGCAGUAGCUUCACAGCAGAGUCUGGUGACCAAGACGAGCAUAAUACGCAUAUCGUAAGAGAGACAGCCCCACCGUCCACGAUUGAUAGCCACGCCAACGUUCCCACCACGGAACCGUCUCAGAACCUCCCUCAAUACCUACCUCCUUCUGCCGAGGAUAACCUAGGUCCUCUGCCGGAAAACUGGGAGAUGGCCUACACCGAGAACGGAGAAGUCUAUUUUAUAGACCAUAACACAAAAACAACAUCUUGGUUAGAUCCACGGUGCCUGAACAAACAGCAGAAGCCUCUAGAAGAAUGUGAAGAUGAUGAAGAAGGGGUACACACGGAAGAACUGGACAGUGAACUAGAAUUGCCUGCUGGUUGGGAGAAAAUUGAGGAUCCUGUAUAUGGUGUCUACUAUGUAGACCACAUCAACCGGAAGACACAGUAUGAAAACCCAGUUCUUGAAGCGAAGAGGAAGAAACAGCUUGAGCAACAGCAACAGCCACCAGAAGAAUGGACAGAGGAGUGUCCAUCUCUCCCACCACCCGCUGCUCCAAACCAUGUUUCAAACAACCAAGAGGCAGUUCGGGAAGCACCAGUGCAAGGAAAACCUUUUUUUACACGAAACCCUUCUGAGUUGAAAGGGAAGUUCAUCCACACCAAGCUAAGGAAAAGCAGCAGGGGUUUUGGCUUCACUGUCGUUGGAGGGGAUGAGCCAGAUGAAUUUCUCCAAAUCAAAAGUUUGGUGCUUGACGGCCCCGCAGCACUGGAUGGCAAAAUGGAAACAGGGGAUGUCAUAGUCAGCGUGAACGAUACCUGUGUGCUGGGGCACACUCAUGCUCAAGUUGUGAAAAUCUUCCAGUCCAUCCCUAUUGGUGCCAGCGUGGACCUUGAACUGUGCCGAGGCUACCCCCUGCCCUUCGAUCCCGAUGAUCCCAACACGAGCCUGGUUACGUCCGUGGCAAUUUUGGACAAAGAGCCGAUCAUUGUGAACGGGCAGGAAAAUUAUGACUCCCCAGCGAGCCACAGUAGUAAAACGGGGAAAGUAAAUGGCACAAAGGAAGCGAGACCCAGCAGCCCAGCUGAGGUCUCCUCCAACGGACCCCACGGUUACCCCAAUGACACGGUCUCUUUGGCAUCUUCGAUAGCAACACAACCUGAACUCAUAACUGUGCAUAUAGUGAAAGGGCCUAUGGGCUUUGGGUUUACUAUAGCAGACAGUCCCGGUGGGGGCGGCCAAAGAGUGAAACAAAUCGUGGACAGCCCAAGGUGCCGUGGCCUGAAGGAAGGCGACCUUAUAGUCGAAGUCAACAAGAAGAAUGUGCAGAGCCUCACUCACAACCAAGUGGUGGAUAUGCUGAUUGAAUGUCCGAAGGGAAGCGAAGUCACGUUGCUAGUGCAGCGAGGAGGACUGCCGGUCCCAAAGAAGAGCCCAAAGUCGCAACCACUUGAAAGGAAAGACAGCCAAAACAGUUCUCAGCAUAGCGUCUCCAGCCACCGCAGUGGGCACACCGCUUCCCCCGUUCACAGCACGCAGGUGCUGCCGGAUUACACCGCCGCGGAGGCACCGGCUGCGGAUCAACCGGACAGUUCUGGGCAGAAAAAGCCAGAUCCAUUCAAAAUCUGGGCCCAGUCCAGGAGCAUGUAUGAAAGCCGACCUAUGUCACCUUCGCCUGCAACUGGACUGAGCAAGGGUGAGAGAGAGAGAGAAAUCAAUUCCACGAGUUUUGGAGAAUUUCCAGAUUACCAGGAGCAGGAUAUCUUUCUAUGGAGAAAGGAAACCGGUUUUGGAUUUAGGAUUCUAGGUGGAAAUGAGCCUGGAGAACCU